CAACACAACAUAAUCCAUUCUUUUCGAUCAAAUUCUCAGCAGUGCAGUGCUAACGUUGUUGAUCCUUAAAUAGUUAGUAAUCCUCCCCAAGCCAAGAACAUGCCUGUUCUAACCAAAACUUGCAGGAUGGCCUUGUCUGCUAACGAGGUGUGGGGAGCGAUUUCUGCUGCCACAAAUAUGUACCCGGCCGCCAUGCCUAACCUGAUUGCAGGCAUCCGAGUGACCAGCCGAGACGGUGUUACUGCCGGUUCGGUUCGGGAGAUCACUUUUGGAACCGCCACAGCAGGUAUGGUCAGCCAGGCCACCGAGCAGAUUACCAGGCUCGACCAUGCCACUCGAACCGUCGAAUCCACCUUUAACAAUGAUAGGAACUUCGUGGGCAGGCACUUUCGUUCUGCCUCACUGGUUGUAAAGGUGGAUCCCAAUAACGCCGACGAUGGCCCCAACUCUCGAGGUUCCACAAUCACCUGGACUUUGACAUACUCAUGGAUUUCAGCUACUGCAUCAGGCGGAUUCAAUUUGGACGUUUUUUGGAAUGCUAUAGAGCAGGGAUUCAAGGAUUUAGACACUUACAUCUAGGUCCCCCGCCCAUAAUUAAUGAAAAUCCAUCAUCUACUACGCACGACGACGCUUGAUUUUUCAUUUGCCUUUCCGUCUACUCUUUUCUUUGUUAUCCAUCUCAUGUUAUUAUAUAUAUGCACGUUGGUGUGCACUGCUCAAUAAUGAUAUGCCCCGGUU